AUGGGGAUGUCAGCUGUCCCAAAGACUUCUACGCUCGUGACUCCAGAGUCAAUUGACGCUGUCUACAAGUAUCCCAUCAUCGACGCCGAAUCUGACCAAUCCUCACCAGCCAAACACCACCGCGUCUCGGGACAUUUCGAGAACACCCCAAUCCGAUUCAACUUUUACUUUCCUCCGAGAGACAGAUGGGACGGCAGGUUCUUUCAGCUGACCUUUCCGACGCAGCAUGAAAACGCCACCGACGAAGUCAUCGGCUUUGCCUUGGACAGCCAUGCCUAUGCCGUCCAAGCUACUGGCAGUCGUGGGUUCCAAGCCGAAGCCGCUGCGGCCCAAUUUUCGAGAGUGGUCGCUAGGCGGUAUUACGGCAGUUGUUCGAGGCGCAUCUAUGGGUAUCUCUAUGGUGGCAGCGGCGGCUCGCUGCAAGUCAUCGGUGCUGUGGAGAACUCGAUCGGCAUCUGGGAUGGUGCCGUCCCUUCCGUCCAAGCAAUACCGAUAUCUGCCCCCAACAACCCUUCAAUAAGAGCCAUGGCAAGCCUUGUUCUCCGAAAUAGUGCUGAACAGAUUCAGGAUGCGUUAAGGCCCGGCGGCACAGGGGAUCCUUUUUCGAUACUGAACCCAGUAGAGAGGGAGAUGCUCCAGGAGGCAACGAAUCUUGGCGUUCCAAUUCAGGCCUGGGAAGACUUUUCUGAAGUUUCAGACGCUUCAACGCUGUCAUUGCUGUCUAACGUGGCCGUCAAGAUCCUGGAUCCGACCUAUGUUGACGACUUUUGGUUCAAGAAAGGGUAUCUCGGAACUGAUCCGAGUCCACUUGGGGAGGUACUGAGAACUGCCGUGGUUAGUUUUGUAUCUACUGUUCGGCAUGUAAAGGUGGACUCAAGAGAGGUUCCUUUUUCUGUCGAAUUGGAUGUUGCCCUGUCACCAGGCACUUUCAUGGACGAGUAUUGGUACGAUUUCACAGUGUCCACCGCAGAUGGUGUAGAACUCGGCGUUCUCGUAGGCACGUUCAACUACAUGACGAAAGUCGCGGUAUUCAAUAAUAAAAGAGUGGGGAAAAACGACAUUCUUCUUCUAAGGAAAUUAGCCCAAGGAAUCAAACUACGGGUCGAAAAUAGGCGCUCCAUCGCAAUGCGCGCCUACUACCGGUAUCAGGUCCCGGAACGCCGCGGAUUUUAUGGCUUUGAUCACCUUCGCAAUCCAGACGGGUCCUCUCGCUUUCCGAGACGACUGGUCGACGUCUCGAAAUGUCUCUCUGAGGGCGCUUUGGGCGGUGCGACUCAUACUGGCGACAUCAAGGUGAAAAUCAUUGUUGUCCAGAACUUAAUGGAUAGUGGCGCGUUUCCUUGGCACGCCGACUGGUAUAAGAAGCAAGUGAAGCAAGCACUGGGCUGCAGAUUCGAAGACAACUACCGGCUAUGGUUCAACGAGAACACGGAACAUGAGUGGGAAGGUCCCAGUAAGAAACGUGCCUCCCUCAUCGUGCCUUACCGCGGCAUCGUCCAGCAGGCACUGCGCGAUAUGAGUGCGUGGGUUGAAAGAGGCGUGCCACCACCAGCAUCGACAUCUUACAGCGUUGCUGAAGAUUCAUCAAUCAUCCUACCUCCGGCAGCAGACGAUCGCAGAGGUAUCCAGCCAACGGUACAUUUAACAGUGGAAGGCGGGAAGAAGUUUGAGGCAAAAAUAGGACAAACUAUUACCUUUCACGCUACGAUAACAGCACCUCCAGGCGCCGGAGCAAUAGUCUACGUGGAGUGGGACUUCUUUGGCAAGGGGCGAUACACAUACGGCCAUCUCAGCACGCCGAAACAAACAGUUGAAGUUCAGACUACAUUCACUUACAACACCCCAGGCAACUUUAUCGUUGGUAUCCGCGCGACUUUGCAGCGGGAGGGUAAUGUGGUUAGCAAAUACGCAGGAGUCAUGAAUCUGGCACGCGUUUCGGUAACAGUUGGGAAGUCAACAGACUUGGGAAAAGAAUUUCGGUUGUAG